UAUUCAUUUAGUGUCGAAACGUCGAUCACAUCGGGCACAAAUUUUUUUUAAUUUGUGUUCAUUUUUACGGAAGAGAAAAUUAUUUUAAAUUUUUGUUAAAACACUUUGCACAAAAUCCACAAAUUUUUCAACUGUCGCCGUAUUUUUGGUUCAAAAUAUAAUAAUCAUGAACAAAUGUUUGAUUGUGUUCGUUGGGCUAUUGGCUGCAACCAGUGCCGUUUCAAUUUUUGAAUUGAUCCAAGAGGAAUGGCAUGCAUAUAAGUUGGAGCAUUCAAAAGAGUACAAAAGUGAUACAGAAGAGCGUUUCCGUAUGAAGAUUUUUGUGGAAAAUAAAAAUAAAAUCGCACAACACAAUCAAGCAUAUGCAAAGGGACAUGUUUCAUAUAAAUUGGCAUUGAACAAAUAUGCCGAUUUGUUGCAUCAUGAAUUCGUGGCUCACAUGAACGGUUUCAAUCGAUCGACCGCUUUGAAAUUGAACAAAGGUGUAAACAAACCAGUCGAAGAGCCAAUCUUCUUUGUCGAACCAGCCAAUGUGGAAGUUCCAGCAUCGGUUGACUGGAGAGAAAAAGGAGCCGUUACUGAAAUCAAAGAUCAAGGUCAUUGUGGUAGCUGCUGGUCAUUCUCAUCAACUGGUGCCCUUGAAGGACAACAUUUCCGUAAGACUGGUGUUUUGGUAUCAUUGUCAGAACAAAAUCUGGUCGACUGUUCGGCUGCGUUCGGUAACAAUGGCUGCAACGGUGGAUUAAUGGACAAUGCCUUCCAAUAUAUCAAAGACAACGGUGGUAUUGAUACCGAAAAAUCAUACCCAUAUGAAGGUCAAGAUGAUACGUGUAAAUACACUGCAAAGAAUUCAGGUGCUACUGAUCGUGGUUUCGUCGAUAUCCCAGAAGGAAAUGAAAAAAAAUUGGUGGCUGCAUUAGCCACAGUUGGACCUGUAUCAGUUGCAAUUGAUGCUUCACACGAAUCAUUCCAAUUCUAUUCGUCGGGAGUUUAUUACGAACCACAAUGUGAUUCACAACAAUUGGACCAUGGUGUGUUGGCCGUUGGUUACGGAAGCGAAGACGACAAAGACUAUUACAUUGUCAAGAAUAGCUGGGGCACAUCGUGGGGAGACGCCGGAUACGUUAAAAUGGCUCGUAAUAAGAAGAAUCAUUGCGGUAUCGCCACAUCAGCCAGUUAUCCAUUGGUUUAAACGCCAACAACGUUUAUACUCAAACGAUCUUUAUUCUUUAUUAUUAUUGUAUUUCGAUAUUUUUCAUCUAAUUUUCUUCUUCUCAUGAAUUUGGAAUUAUUUAGCAUUUUUUUCUUUAAAUUUUGUUUUUGUCGAAUAAACCAUCAUUAUUUCGCUAA